GUUUCCAUGGUAGUAUCUCAUUUUUUUUUUCUCUCUAGUCUUAUUAGUCAUUGCCAGCCAAAAUUCUUCUCAAAACAAAAAAGCUUCCACCUUUUCAGAACCCUUUUGCCUAUUUCUUUCUUUAAUCCUCUGACCCAAAAAAAAAAACUUUCCCCUUUUCUUUUAACAUAACCAAUAAACUUCUCUUUAUAAGUUAAAGCAACUCAAGAAAAUAGUAGUCCAACUCAAGAAAAAAAUAUUUCUCCAAGAUUUCUAAUUCUAAUUCCCAUUUUUCUUGAGCCAUAUUAUUUUUUACAACAAGGAUGAGGGAGAUGUGGACAACAUUAGCAUCAAUGAUGGGGAUUUGGGCAUUUAGUCAGAGUCUUCUACAAGCAUUAUUCCCGCCGGAGGUUCGUUUCGCCACUCUCAAAAUCAUUCAUCGCAUCUGUAAUUGGUUCUCCGCUUAUUGCUACUACGACAUCACUGAAAUCGACGGUGUCAAUACCAAUGAGCUAUACAACGCUGUUCAGCUCUACUUGAGUAGUUCUGCGUGUGUAGCUGGUAAUCGUUUGAGUCUUACACGGGGAUUGAAUUCGAGCAGCAUCACUUUUGGUCUGUCGAAUAAUGAUUCCCUCAUUGAUAGAUAUGAUGGUGUUACAGUUCAUUGGGAACAUGUGGUGACCCCAAGGAAUUCUCAGACGUUCUCUUGGCGUCCACUUCCUGAGGAGAAGAGGGGGUUUCUUCUACGUGCUAAGAAGAAAGAUAAAUCAGUUGUGCUAGGAGCCUAUCUUGACUAUGUCAUGGAUAAAGCUAAUGAGAUUCGUAGGAAGAAUCAAGAUCGAUUGUUGUACACGAAUUCACGUGGAGGUUCACUUGAUUCAAGAGGACAUCCGUGGGAAUCUGUACCAUUUAAGCAUCCAAGUACCUUUGAGACACUUGCUAUGGAUCCUCAGAAAAAGUCUGAAAUCAUGGCAGAUUUAUUGGAUUUUGCGAAUGGAGAAUCUUUUUAUCAGAGAACUGGGAGGGCAUGGAAAAGAGGGUAUCUUCUUUAUGGUCCACCGGGAACAGGAAAAUCGAGUAUGAUUGCUGCAAUGGCUAAUUUUCUUGGUUAUGAUAUAUAUGAUCUUGAAUUAACAGAAGUGCAUACUAAUUCAGAGUUGAGAAAGUUGUUGAUGAAGACGAGUUCCAAGUCUAUUAUAGUCAUUGAGGAUAUUGAUUGUUCUAUCAAUUUGACUAACAGGAAAAAUAAUCCUAGUAACAAGGAUAGUAACAACUACAGUGUUUCACCUCCGGGGAGUAACGGUUCGAGUGGUGAGGAUGCUGGGAAUAAUAAUAAUAAUAAUAAUAAUAAUACUAUAACUCUAUCCGGUUUGUUAAAUUUUACUGAUGGGUUGUGGUCGUGUUGUGGGAGUGAGAGGAUAUUCGUUUUCACAACUAAUCACAUUGAGAAGCUUGAUCCAGCUUUAUUGAGGAGUGGACGAAUGGACAUGCACAUUCACAUGAGCUACUCGUCCUUCGCAGCACUCAAGAUUCUCUUGAAGAAUUACUUGGGGUACGACGACGAGGAUGUGGAGAAGCCGAUGUUAGAGCAAUUGGAGCAAGUGAUUGAGCGCGCUGAGAUGACACCAGCUGAUAUAAGUGAGGUGUUAAUCAAAAACAGGAGGAACAAAGACAAGGCAAUUUGGGAAUUGCUAGAAGCAUUGAAGACAAAGGCUGACAGUAAUAAUAAUGCAGUAAAAUCAAGAGGAAAUAUGACUGUGGAAGAUGAAGAGCAAGAGAAAAGGGCAUUAUUAGUAGAGAGUCCUAAAGAAGGUGUUGAUGAUCAAUUGAAAGAAAAAUGUGACGAGGAAAAAGGAGGUCAUGAUGCCAAUGAUGAUGAGAAGGUACUUUAGUAUAAGGUUUUUUUUAAAAAAAAUGAAAAUUUUGAUUCUUUAAAUCUUUUGUGGAGAGGAGGAGGAGACAAGGAAUUUUGCUGUUUGAAGAGUACAUAAUUUACUAUUUCAUGACAGGGAAAUUUUUAGGGACUUGGUGUUGGGGGAAAAGGCCAAAUGAAAUGACUGUAAGACAAUGGCAUUGUUCUAUUCAGUAGUAGUACUAUUAUUCUAUCUUAUUUAUUGCUUUUGAUAUACUAGUGCUAGUAGUAGUA